CCCCACAUCGUUGUAGGCGAGUCCGUGCGGUGUUAACGUGUACAUUUAAGUCUUCUUUAGCAUUGGAAUAAAGAGCAACGCCGAGUGGGGGAGGCUUGUUUUCCUAAUUGUUCCGAAACCACGCCUGCAAGCUACGCCGUGCCACCAUCCUAGCUACCAGCAGCAGCCAUGUCCAUUGAAUACACCAUCGAUAUCCAGCUGAGAGAGUUGGGAUACCCGGACAUUCUGCAGAGUUCCUUCAGAGAGACUCCCCACCACGCCUCAUCACCUGAUGACUCACUCUCCCCUGGUCACAGUCCAACCACACACGUGCAAAGACUGCUGCUCACAGGCCAGAAGUCGGCCGUCGCUGGCAAAGAAGCAGGUGCUGCCAAGCCACCGCCACGUGUUGAGCAAACCCCAGCGGUUCCAACGGCUCCUCCAUCCGGCGAUGGAGCGACACAGAACCCUGCUGCGCGAGGUCCAGCGGAUGAGCAAGCUGUCAAAAGCUCGUCGGAGUCGCUCGCACCAGUCAGUCCACAGCCGGUAAAUAUUUCUAUCCGCGAUAGAGACACUGAAAGAGAGGCCUCGACAGAGAUGCUGGAUUUGGAGGAUGACUCCGAUGACAGUGAGGUUUCGGACCUGAACGAGGAAGAAGAGGUCGAGGAGGAUGAGGAUGAUGAUGACGACGACGACGAUGACGAGGAUGAGGAGGAACUAAACAAUGAGCUGGGUCAUUCGGCCGACUACCGCUGCGGUGUCUGUGAUGUGCAGCUGCCUUCCAAGUUCAAGCUCCAGGAUCACAUGAACCUGCACACUGGGGCACGGCCGUACUCGUGUGCCGAAUGCGGAAAACGCUUUUCCCAGAUUUACAGCUACCGUGUCCACCUGCGCGCUCACGCCCACAACCACGCCGACGCCGACGCCCAGAACAAAGUUGAGCUUUUCCAGUGCCGCAUUUGUCUGACGGACUACGGGACACGGAAACAUCUGAGAGAGCACCUGGCUAUGACUCACUUUGAGAAAGAGUUUUACGAGUGUGACCGGUGCAAGCGCGUUUUCACGUCACUCUCUAAAUGCGAAAACCAUGUCAAGUUCCACAAAUGUAGGAUCGAUGUCAUGUGUGAGGCGUGUGGCCGCAUCUACCGCUCUUAUAAAUCUCUGGUGCGCCACCGGAAGACAACGUGCCAGCGGCAUUUCAAAUGCACGGACUGCACCAAGACCUUUACCAGUAAAAACACCCUCCUGAAACACAGCUUUUCCCACCUUGGUUUGCUGCCUUACACCUGCGUACGCUGCCGCUGCCACUACCGCCUGGCGAGGCUAUACCGCAAACACAAGUGUGAACCCGAACGCAUGCACUGUGUGGCGUGUCUGCGGGAGUUUCUGAGUCAGGAAGACUUCCAGCGGCACAAAAAGGACACGGGCUGCUGGGGCAAUCAGGAGCCCAAGGGGAACGAGAUCAGGUGCUUGGAGUGUGGCGAGAGAUUUGACACUCCCGAGGAGCUGAAGAAACACGCCGGGGCCCAUCAGAGGGUGCUGAAGUGUGCUGAAUGUGGGAAGGGUUUCCGGUCGGCCUUGCUGUUAAUGUCCCACAUGGGGGGUCACGCCGGCAACUCGCCCUGCCUUUGUCAGAGCUGUGGACUGGGCUUUCCCCACCAGCAGAACUAUCACAGCCACCUCAAGACAUGCGGAAAGAUACCCCAACCUGCGAGUGCUCCCAAGAAACGUCCAGCCUCGAAGAGCUCCUCAUCCGAGACCAAAAAGGUCGACGCCAAACCAGUCCCACUGCUCCCAACAACUACAACUGCUGUGCCUGCUGUAAACGUCCCUGCUGCUACCCCAGCAAAGGAGUCUCCCAGACCAGGACCUGUGACAGCGAGGGGGGGGAACGGCCUCGCUCAGUCAAAUGGAGCAUGGACGAUGCGCCUCGUUGUGCCGCCGCCGCCGCCCAGUGCCAAACUGGUCAUGUUCCUCCCGGUCUGUAAAACUGACUCCCAAACACUUCCAGCUAUGCUGGUGCCGACAGAGGCCCCGCCGCCUGUUUCAAAGGAACACCUCGGAGUGGAUGAUGCUUUCGGAGUGGUGCAAAAUAGUCCUCUGAAUCUGGUAACCGGGAUUAAGCAGGAUCCAGAGUGGGAUGCCCCUCUGAAUCUGUCCAAGUGUAACUCGUCCAUGGCAACUCUCGGCAACAUUCCAGUUUCGGCGAUCAAAAGUGAGCUGGGAGAAUUUGGAAUUUCAGAAGAGCCGAACAGCACUGAAAGACAAGAAUCUUAAAAAAAAGUGGUUGUUUAAGAGGCACAGAUAGAAAUACUGAAGGGAAGCAACUUUAAGUGGAUCUCAUGGGUCCCUCCAGUUUGUGGAUAUAAAGGAAGAGCCUCGGUCUCCUGCUGGUUUUGAUCUGUGGUCCUACAGAUCAAUUAAGAUUAAGAUGGCGGUUGACAUUGCUGAAAGAAAAAAGAAUUUUCUAAGUCAUCAGAUUCCUUACCUCUGGUCGUGUCUUAAUCCUAUCAAGGAUACACCCACUGCUGUAACUUUAGCCACGUAUACAAGUGUUGGUCCACAGCCAUAAAUAUAUAUAUAUAUAUUAAUUAUAUAUAUUUUAAUUCAUAUCUACCAUUGUGCGCAUUCUACCAUUUGUAUGACAAAGUACAUUUUUAUUAACUUCCACUCUUAUGAAUAGACAGCAGUUGACUGACAGACUUGGUUGAGAAUAAAAAUGUUUAUUUGUUCCUCUACAAUUCCAACCAAACAUUCCAAGCCAUUGCUGUUAAUGGCGUUCCUUGUAUUUUCCAUUUUGAGUUUGCUGCAGCUUUUAUGUUUGGAAAAUGCAUCCUUUGCGUUUAUUAACGUGUAAGUCAAAUGAAAGCACUGGAUUUUUUUGUAUUUAGCGAAGAACUUGAAAUUAUAUGUUUAAAGACACUUUAGUUUCGGUACAUUUGUUUUAUAUAUUUAAUCACUGCAAAUAAUAGUAACGACAAUAUGACAUUCUGUUAUCUUGGGAUUUACAUUUGCUGAAUCCUUACACUCUGAGGUGUUAAAUAAACGGUUUCCUUGACGCAAUGUCA